AUGGAAAACGAGGUUCGACGCUGGCUGACCGAUUCGAUUGGGCCCUACACCCAGGCGGCCGUCUACAGCCUAUUUGACGCCGUGGUGAAGCUCGGCGAACCAACGCGGUUUUUCUUUGCUGGGAUCCAGCCCGACGCCAAGCGAGAAUUCGUCGUGCUGGGCUCCUUCUUCUUCGUCGUGUUGAUGAGCGUCGUGCUGUUGAUCGUGCUGUCCUGUCUCUCCCUCUACGCGCUUUCGCUUUGGAAUUGGUUUACGGUCUCAUUUUCCCUUCUCGACAUUCUGUUAUUUUCGUCGUUGAUCUCUGCCGUCGAUCCGGUGGCCGUGAUUGCGAUUUUCGAGGAGAUUAACGUGAAUGCCUUCCUGUUCGUCAACGUCUUCGGCGAGGCGCUUUUCAACGACGGCGUGACCGUGGUGCUCUACAAUCUGUUCAACUCCUUCCAGGCGCUUGGAGCUGAGAAUUUGAUUACACGCGACUACCUAGCCGGCGGGCUCUCGUUUUUCGUGGUGGCAAUCGGUGGGAUAAUCGUGGGUGUCGUUUUCGCAUUUCUGGCGAGCUUCGUCACAAAGUAUUCCGAAGAGCUUCGCGCGAUGGCCACAGUAUUUGUUUUCGUCGUUCCAUACGUCUCGUAUCUAACGGCGGAAUGGUGGGCCGUAUCUUCUAUCAUUGCAAUCGCGGUUUGUGGUAUGGUGAUGAAGCAAUAUGUGAAGGGUAAUUUGAGCCAAGCAGCCAACAGCUCUGUGAAAUAUUUUACAAAGGUUUUGGCGCAAAGUUCAGAAACGGUUAUUUUUGUGUUUCUUGGGUUGUCCCUUUUGUCGUCUGCCUUCUAUUGGGACACGUGGUUCGUCGUGGCCACCCUGGUAUUCUGCUUAAUUUACCGGACGAUAGGAGUUGUCGUGCAAUGCGCUUUCCUGAACCGCUUCCGUGCCAAGAAAUUCACGGCCGUCGAUCAGUUCAUUUUGUCGUACGGUGGCCUGAGAGGCGCUAUAGCUUAUGGUCUCGCCGUGUCCAUGCCAGAAAUCAAAGCAAAAGACAUGUUUGUCACAACGACGAUUGCCGUCAUCUAUUUCACCGUCUUUUUGCAGGGCAGCACCGUUCGACCCUUAGUGAAGCUGUUCAAAAUUAAAAUUGAAGAGCAUCGAAUGCCGACAAUGGCUGAAAGCGUAUACAACAAGUACCUAGAUUAUAUGAUGUCCGGCGUGGAAGAUAUUAUCGGCAGAAAGGGACACUACACGAUCAAUGAAAACUAUGAGCGCUUCAACGCGAAAGUUUUGAAGCCGCUGCUGAUGAGAAAUCAGAAAAAGAGCGAUUUUGAUGCGACAAAAAUCCUCCGCGCAUACGCCAAAAUCACGCUCGAAGAGGCGAUGACGAUGAGCCAGGCGAAACCGACUGCAAAAGUGUACCCAGACAAACGGAUUGAGCAUCUCAAAAGGCAAGAUGCCUCAAUGCCGAGACUAGCUGUUCCAAGCUUCAAAUUUGAACCUACGCCUCAACAGAAGAUCUCACAAGCGAAUAUGGACCAGCUGUACUCGAUGUUUAGUGAUCUACUGGAUCACAAGCUGAGAGAGCUUCAGGUGGUCAGCCGAUCGUCGAGCGUACAUGGGGACCACGACGAGAUAGAGGACGACUAUAUGAAGCAGAUCGCCCACUCAAACCAGCAUAUGCAAAUCUCGCGCUCGCUAUCCCAGCCAGAUGACGGCCGAGUCCGUUCUGAAGGCUCGCGGGCAAACCUCUCCCAGAUGGCGAAUCUCUCUACGGACUUGGAGGCCCAGAUCUCGCGGCGGAGAAGCACCGGAAACGUUUUCGACCUAGCUCGAAAAGAU